AUGGUAUUACAAACACUUAGAUAUGAUAACUGUAUUUCACAUUUCUUACGUACCAUUGGCUGCGGGAAUACCAUUGACAAUGUUCAAAUACUUCUACUUUCCAUCAUGACAGAACUCACUCAUGACCUUCACGAACUCGCUCUUGUUGCUUCUACUGAAACUAAACCCUCAACCUCUUUAACAAAUCCUUCUUCUACGGCUCAGCUCUUAUUUAAAGAUAUUCAUAAUAUCAUUACAAACAUCUCUACUAUUCCAGCGGAUCGUGCACACAACACUACACUACACCAUACACUUGAUGUUUGUAUGUAUGGUAGUGUUGUGUAUGGUACUUCAUUAAAUGGGGCGGCUGUUGAUAUUACUAUUCUUCAACGUGUGGAUCCUUCCAUACGGUAUUAUUUACGAUCCUGCAGGAAUAACUCUCAACAUAUUUCACAAUUAAUGCGUGUAGAGUUAGAAGGCACAGAUGUGAGUAUUCUUCUUCACUAUCCAUCCUGUUAUUCCAUCGCUUUACCACUGUUGAGUUCACGGGAAUUAUUACGUACACUUGAAAAGGGUUUAACACAACAAUUACAGCAGUUUCACUUAAGAGAAGAAGAAAAUAAUGAUAAUGAUGAUGAUAGAAAGAGGAAAGGGAAUACACUCUUCUUACACUCUGAUGUAAUGCAUAUGGAUGUGAAUAUAACGGUGAAUCAAAAAGGAGCUAUAGAAGCCGCAGAGAUGUUAAAGAAAUUUCUCAAACAAAAUGAGUUUGUACGUCCUGUUAUUAUUUUCAUGAAAGUUGUUUUAAAAUUAUUUGAUGUUCAUCCAUUGCAAAUCACACCGUACGUGGUGACGUUGAUGGUUGUUGCCUUCGCCAAGUAUUCUUCUCACACGUAUCCACUUUUAAGUGCGGCUCACUAUCCACAUAGACGUGGACUUGUGGAACCCGGUUAUUUACUCUUUUCAUUUCUUAGUUUUUUUAGUCCACAACCACGAGGACAUUUCGAUCCACAACUUAUGCGUCUCGUACCUUCACAUCCGCACGGUAUUUUAUUGAAAGAAAAUAAAUAUAAUGAUGACUCAACUGCUGUAUUCACAGAAAAUACACACAACCACUCUUCUCACAUCCUUGGCAACCACAACUACAACCAUAAUAAUAAUAAUAAUAAUAAUAAUAAUAAUAGUAAUAGUAGUUGUAGUAAUAGUAGUAACAAUAACAGGAGCAGUAUUUGGCAAAUUAUGCAUCCUAGUCAAUCUGGAGGAAAUGCGGCGGAGGGAUGUGUGUUAAUUCAUGAAUGUCGUUAUUUGUUUGAGCGUAUUCUUAUUUGUUUACUUCAUUAUUACGGAGGAGAUGUACUCUCUUUACCGUAUAUACGUGAUUCUCAAGCGGGAACACACGAUAAACAAGAGGAGGUGGACGCUGUCAUGCUAAAGAGUAAAUGUCUUCCUACUCACAAUGAACUCAUAUCAGCGUUACUACAGAGACGCUAA